AAAGACAAUGGACGAUUGUGUUAUUAAAUUACUUUUUAAGCCAAGAAAUUUAAAUACUGCCUGUGCCAUCCUCUGACCUGAUCCCAGAGUCUGGAGAGACGUCUUUUCAGGGAUAAACUUCUGAACAACAAGGUGUUGGAUUCUGGAGCUGAUCCAGAUCCAGGAUCAAUUUCACCUGUAUUUGUUGUAAUGUAACAUGAUGAACUUUUAUUGACUCUGUGUGAAACUCAGCCACUUCUGUUCUUUGCCAAAUGUUUCCAGUGUUCUGUUAAUUUGUACUCAGCUGCUUAUAAACAGGGGUUCCUCUGGUUUUUCAGGUGUUUUUUUAAAUUAUAUUUUUAUGUAAAUCCAGAUGAUUUUUGCAUAAUUUAAUACAUAACAUUGAAUUAUUGUAUUUAUGUUUGGAUUUUAUAUGUUUGUGGGUGUAGUAUUUAUACACGCGUAUAAAUAAUGGGGGAAAGGUGAAAUAUUUAUUUUUUAAAUCUUUCUCAUUCUGAAAAUUCCCAGAUUUAUGUCUACCACUUUAUUUAUAGUUUUGGUCAAUUUUGGUUAAUAAAUAUGAAAAGUGAAAAUAUUGUGAUGGUCUCUGGUUUCCUGUCGAUUGUCAUUGGCUGCUGUUUUGCUCCACCUCUGACAAAUUAGACCUGCGUUGGCAGCAGAGAACCGCCCACCCUGCUGUCAACUGUUGGCUCCUCAGAGCCCUGAGCCUUUCGUGUUUUUUUUCCUACAGUCCAUGCAGUUUUCACAGGUGGCAGGUUUACCAGAUUCCCACACUACACUUUCAGGAUUCCUGAAAGUGGUGUUAAUCUGGGAAAAUGCAGCCGUCAGAUUCAGAGAAACAAUGUCUGAUCCAGCCUCGUAUGGAGCCUCUGGACUGGACCAGCUGUCAGGAGGACAAACUCUCCGAUUCCACAUCAGAGUCCAGUGAAGAGGUGUCUUCUGUGCUGGAUCUGUGGAACCCUGAGCCUCUGUGUCAGGAGACAGAGACCAUGUCCAAAAGUGACGCUGACCUGAGACGUUCAGCCAGGAGGAAGCUGUACACAGCCUGCAUCCUGACGCUGGUCUUCAUGAUCGGAGAACUGAUUGGUGGAUAUGCUGCCCACAGUCUGGCCAUCAUGACUGACGCGGCCCACCUUCUCACCGACUUCGGCAGCAUCUUGAUCAGCAUCUUCUCUCUGUGGAUCUCAUCCAGACCACCAACCCACACCAUGACCUUUGGAUGGCAUCGAGCAGGUGAUUCCACUUGA